UUACCUUUAGUCCCUUUAAACCCAAUUAUGGAUUGUUAUUUUACACCAAAUAUUCCCUCCUUAUCAAAGCUUGUUAAUUUGCUUGAGUUGUGACUUUGUGUGGUUACUAGGCAUGAAAAAAUGUCGGUUAUAUAUGUGUGUCUCUCUUAUACUAACCUAGCUGCUACUGCUACUGCUAGAGAAAACUGUAACAUGGCUUGUUAAUUUGCUUGAGUGGUGACUUUGUGUGGUUACUAAGCAUGAAAAAAUGUCGGUUAUAUAUAUAUGUGUGUCUCUUGUACUAACCUAGCUGCUACUGCUACUGCUAGAGAAAACUGUAACAUGGCUUCCAGUUACAACUUAGUCCUGCUUAUCUUGGUCUUUGCUGGUGCAUUUCUCGAAUCCAAUUGCAAGCUCACUAAAAAUUUCUACAAAUCCAAAUGUCCAAAAGCAUUGUCCAUUGUGCAAGAAGAAGUUAUAGCAGCCAUAAAAAAUGAAACCCGUGUCGGGGCUUCCUUGCUCCGUCUGCAUUUCCACGAUUGCUUCGUAAAUGGUUGCGAUGCGUCGGUGCUGUUAGACGAUACUUCAAACUUUGUUGGUGAGAAAACAGCAGUUCCCAACAACAACUCCAUUAGAGGAUUUGAAGUUGUUGAUGGAAUUAAAGCUAAGCUUGAGAAAGCAUGCCCUGGAGUGGUCUCCUGUGCUGAUCUUCUAGCUCUGGCUGCCCGUGACUCUGUAGUUUAUUUAGGGGGUCCUUCAUGGAAAGUUCGUUUGGGAAGAAGAGAUUCAACCACUGCUAGCAGAAGUGCUGCUAACACCUCCAUUCCUCCACCAACUUCCAACAUAAGCGCUCUCAUUUCAAGCUUCUCAGCACAAGGCCUCUCGUUAAGGGACUUGGUCGCUCUUUCAGGUUCUCAUACUAUUGGCCUUGCAAGGUGCACAUCAUUCCGCUCACGUAUCUACAAUGAAUCCACCAUCAAUGCUGCCUUCGCCAAGUCUUUGCAGGGAAGUUGCCCGAGGAGCGGAAGUGACAACAACCUUGCAAGCCUUGACCUCCAGACCCCAACACAUUUUGAUAACUUGUACUACAAGAAUCUGUUGAAAGAAAAGGGACUUCUUCAUUCAGACCAGGAGCUCUACAAUGGAACUUCUACGGAUAAACUGGUUAAGAAAUAUGCAAAUAACACCUUUGUAUUCUUCAAGCAUUUUGCCAAGGCUAUGGUCAAAAUGGGAAACAUUGAUCCUCUUACAGGAAGUCAAGGCGAAAUCAGAACCAAUUGCAGAAAAGUGAAUUAAAAUUUUACAACAUGGAAUCAUACAAGUGUGUAACUAGUCUUUUUUUCUACGACAACAGCAAGGUUGAUGUGUAGCUCUGGGUCUUCGAACAACAACAGCUGCCAACUCUACUCUCGCAUAAAGUGAAAAGAAGGAACCUGGCCACUGCUUUCUUAUACCUAAGUUGUCUCUGAAAUUCUCUUUUGUUCUGAGACAAGUUGUCACUCAAACUCUCUUUUGGCAAAAUGCUUUUUGUUCAUUUUGGCAUUCGUUUUGUUUGGUUAGUACAGAGUUUCGGUCA